AUGCACCUACGGCAAUCCGCUGAGGACAACAGUAAGGACGCCUUCUAUGGUGAACUCAAUGCGUUGAUGUCUAAAAUACCAAGUCAGCAGGUGGUCAUUGUCGGAAUUCACGCAAAUGCGAAGAUGGCACUCGAACAGCAAUCUGAUGUUCUAGGAAAAUGGUAUUAUCCAGUGGAGCACACGUGGGACAACGUUGACCGUCUGGUCGACUUGUGCGAACAGACGGGCCUCAUCAUUGCUUCCACGUUUAGGAGGAAUCAUCGAUGCCAUCAGCUCACGUGGCAGAGGUCAACCCAUUUAACGCCUGAAGACUAG